AUGGGCGACACACCUCUAGCCUCACUGUCUUUCACCCAUGUCCAUUAUAACCCCCAUGAUCCACUGUCUUUUGCAUCAGCAUGGCUCGCCCUAGCCCCCCAGGCGCUGUGCGUCUCUUAUGCUACCCUGAUCUGGGCCUCACGCGAGGUGGAGGUUAUCUUCAUGUUCGGUGGGCAACUGAGUUGUGAGGCAUUGAAUUUUGUGUUGAAGAGGAUUAUCAAGGAAGAGCGACCAAAGGAAAUGUUUGGCAAGGGUUAUGGUAUGCCAUCGUCUCACGCCCAGUUCAUGACCUACUUCGCUGUCUACAUGUCCCUCUUCCUCGCAUUUCGCCAUUCCCCCUCCUACGCGGGCUCCUACCCAUACUCGGAUUUCUUGCUGCGCAGUGCCUUGAUCGUAGGGCUAUGUGCCAGUGCGGUGGCGGUUUCAGCGAGCCGUGUCUACCUGAGCUACCAUACACCCCAGCAGGUUCUGGCGGGCUCUGCAGCCGGCUUCUUGUGUGCGUGUGGGUGGUUCGUAGUGACGGGUCUGCUCCGUCGGUCGGGUUGGGUCGACUGGGCCACUGAAAUGACCCUCUGCCGUCUUUUGAGGGUGCGGGAUCUUUUGGUAAAUGAGGACCUGGCUGAGGCGGGGUGGCAACGGUGGGAAGCUUUGAGGUUGAGAAGACGUGGGGGGUCGAUGAAGAGGUCAGAUUAG